UCACGGCGCGGCGUAGCAGAGCAACUUUGUAGCCAAGCAAGCCUCCCUUCCUCUUCCACCCCUGUCAACCAGCACUGCAACGACAGUGCAACAUCGCAUUAAUUCCAUCGAAACUUAUAUUCUAUUUAGAUGACAUCUGUGUGCAACUGAAAUGGAAAUACAGGAUCCUUGUGAAAAUGGUCCCGCUCUUCUGCUGCCUUCUCUGCGCCUCUUCAUACCGCCCCUGCGGCUUGUGUCUGCUGCGUUAUGGCAAGUGGUGCAGCGAAAAGACAUCGUUGACUAUGGGAUGUUGGAGGAAUUUGUGUCCACGGUGACAGAUAUUGUGCCGGAGCUUUUGAGAUGCGAUCAGAGAGCUCAACUCCUGCUUGGACUUCGGACAAGGCUGGUUCUCGAGUUAUGUCGCUCAGCAGAGAUUGCAGACCUUUCAAGCAUUCAGCUGCACCUGGCCAGGAUCCGGACCCUUAUAUCUGCUUGGGAAGUAGAUUCGCAGAUAUGUGAUGCAGAGGUGAACUUUCCUCAGUCCACCUUUGUGGAUCUGGUGGAAUCUUUGUUGAAAGACCCGACAGAGAGGGAGAACUUUUUCCAGGAUGUAUUUCCAGUGGAUUUUGGCCCAGCGUUUGACAGCGCUUUACAGAUGCUCAUGUUCGAAUUUCUGUCAAGACUUGAGAAGUUUGUACCGGUGCCAGACCUUCAAGAGACCGCAUCCAUGCUCAAUGCCGUCCCCUCUGUCCUGGAGGAAUGUGUGAAGUCUGUACCUGAUCCUCAGCAACUGAAAACUCUGCUUGAGUUCCAGAAACAAACUGGGCAUCUGGACUUCAUUGAAUUAACAGAUUCCUUGCCGCCUUCCUUUGGUGACAACAUCUUCUCCUCUCUGUCUCUCCCUCCGUUGGUGAAGGUGGUGAUUGACACAGAACAAGUGGAGUUGGAGUCACAAGCAGAAUCGCUUCCUGAUUGUAUGAGUGUUGAGGUUGAGGGGGAAUCUGUGACAUUGUUAGGCUAUACAGGGAUAGAGCAGCAGUCUGGUGAGGGCGGAGAAAACGACAAGGAGCAUUCCAUGGACAUAAAGCCUGAGGGUGAAGACAUGGACAAUCAAGAUGACUCCGACUUUGCAAAGCCAGCCCCCUUUCAGCCUUUGAAACAAAGUAAACGGUUACAGUUGAAGAGAAAAGCAUUACAGGCACGGAAACAAUCCAAGGUGGCUGUCACCAAACGUGCGCCAAAGAGGGCAAGGAGGACAUUUCUUAACAACAGUAAGACUUGUCCCAUUUGUUGCAAGGUGUUCCCAAGGGCCACUGCCAUGAGGAGACAUCAGGAAAUCCACUCUGAAGAUCGCCAGCUUAGGUACAAGUGCCCCAAAUGUGAUAAAUGCUUCAGGGAUCAGUAUGAUAUGAAGAGACACCAGAUGCGUGUUCACGAGCGGGAAGAUCAGGACUCUUCACUCUCAGGUUCUUUGAAAGAAAGCCCACAACCCUCAACCAGCAAACUCCGGACUAUAUUGCCCAAGGCUUCGCCUCAGAAACAAACACUGGACAGCAAAACCUGCUCUGUGUGUGAAAGAUAUUUCGCACGUGCUUCCGAUAUGGCUAGGCACAUGAGGUCUCAUUCGCAAGAGCGUCCACAUCAGUGUGAACAUUGUGCGAAGAGGUUUAAAUAUUCUUAUGAUCUGAAGAAGCAUCAGAGAGAGUUGUGCAAGAUGAUCACCAAUGCUAAUGAAAUAGGAAGCAGUAGGCCUGUUGCCAGUGGGGAAACUGGUAACGCAUCUCUCCAAAGCUCCUUAGACAUCAAAACCUGCCCCGUCUGCUGUAAGAUUUUGCCUUGCACCGCGGACAUGGCGAAACACCUGCGAGCGCAUACUGACGAACGCCCCUACCGUUGUGUCACUUGUGACAAAGGAUUUAAGUACAGAGAUACCUUAAAGAAACAUCAAGAAAUUGUUGGCCACGAGGGUGUUCAUGAGGAUCCCUGUCAAAGCUUUGAGGAACUAUUAGCCGAACUCACCCAAAAAAAGAACGAUGAAAAUCUUGCAAAAGAAAACAAGACCGGACCUCAAAACACACUCAGUACACCAGAACAAGCGGUUACAAAGAACUCUGCUUCAAAGACAUGCAAAGUGUGUGGAAGGAUAUUUACUCGAGCUAAAGACGUAGCCAGACAUAUGCUAUCUCAUUCAGAAGAACGGCCUUACCAGUGUUUCAGUUGCAAGAAAGAGUUCAAGUACUUGCAUAGCUUGAAACGACACCAGAUAUAUAUUUGUCGUAAGCAAAACUCCCACAUGGCAUCACUGAGAGCAAGUCAAAAAGAACUUGAAUCUGUGAAAACCCUGGCUAUUGGCCAGCAUCUACAGAGCUCACUGGGUACAGAGCAAGAAGGCAAUGACUUGCUGGCUUUGGAGCGGAAUUCUCUGAUGGUAGAAGGGGGUGUCGAUCCAUUGGUGUCAAAUGAAACUAUGGCAAUUCAGGAAAUGAACAUCGAAGCUUCCUCGAGUGCUUUGUCUUCCCUCACCAUACCAUGUUGGUGUUCAAACUGUGGCAAGAGCUUUGAUCAUAUCUCUGCUUUGAAGGAGCACCAGGAAACGGUUUGCAAAAUGCAGGAGAAGGAAAUCUUCAAGUGUGACGACUGUGGGAAAGACUUCCGAAGCGCAUCCUUCUUGAAAAUUCACCAGAGGACACACAAUCCGUUCUACUGCACUGAAUGUGGAAGGAUACUCGCAGAUGCGGCUGGCCUUGAGAGACACAAAUUCAUGCACAAGAAAGUCCAGUGCACCAUGUGUGAGAAGACCUUCACCGUGCUAAAACACCUGAGAGAGCAUUACCUGCAUCAGCAUAAAUUUACAGGGCCGUACCCUUGCUCUCAAUGUGACAAGACCUUCACCCAGUUGUCCUACCUAGUUGUCCACGAGAGAGUCCACACGGGAGAGUUUCCCUUCCAGUGCACGGAGUGUCCGGAGAAAUUCAGAGCGUCAAACUGUCUCACGGUUCACAUGAGGAAGCACACGGGGGAGAAGCCGUUCCUGUGCUGGCAGUGCGGGAAGAGCUACACGUCAGCCUCACAGCUGUCGGUGCAUGUGGGAACUCAUUCAGACGAGAAGCCCUUUGCCUGCUCGCAGUGUGACAUGGCUUACAGAACAAAACUUCAGCUGACUUCACACAUUGAACAGAUUCACAUCGGCGUGAGGUUCCCCUGUGAACACUGCGGAAAACAGUUCAUGAAGGAGGUCUCCUUAAAAAGACAUGAACUUAUUCACACAGGAGAAAGGCCGUACCCAUGCACUGAUUGCACUAAAACAUUCCUCACAGCCAAUGAAUUGAGGCUGCAUACGAGAUACCACACCGGCGAGCGUCCCUACAAGUGUGAAUAUUGUGGGAAGGCUUUCAUUCAGUCGGGCUACCUGAAGUCCCACAAGCGCAUCCACACUGGAGAGAAGCCAUUCAAAUGUGACAUUUGUGAGAAAGGGUUUCGAUUAUCCUGUCAUAUGAAAAAACACAGACAGACACAUUCAGGAGGAGAGAAGCACUUUGAGUGUGGGGUGUGUGGGUUAUAUUUUACUCACAGAAAAUACCUGAAAGAGCAUGAAUUCACACAUGAGACAAAGCAGCAAAGGAAUUGGUCCGGAAAUGGAAGCGUCCAACUCCUGAAUGCUCAUGAUCACCAGCACACACAAAAUACUCUUAUCUGCAAGUCAAAACCCAAAAGAGGUUCUCUACAGCAAAGGAUGGAUAUCCAUCCAAAAUCCACGACCGCAGGGUCGUCUCUCUCUCUUCGUGCCAUACGACUCUUGGUGCCGCCAGUGCAUCUACUUUCUGCAGCUAUGUGGCAAGCUGCAGAGAAGGGGAAUCUAAUGGACUACGGGAUAUUAGGGGAAAUAGUCACAUCUCUAACAGAGACAGUACCAGAGCUGCUGAAUUUCAGGCAAAAAACCCAACUUAUUUUAGGGUUGAGAGCAAAGAUGGUUUUGGAGUUGUGCCGUAACGAGCAGACGGCGGAGUUGCAGACCAUUCAGCCCUUCCUGGAUAAGAUCCAAGUUGCAUCUCCAUCCCUUGAUGGAGCAGAAUCUUGUGUUACAGAGGCAGACGUGUCUGAAUCCAAUUUCCAUGACCUGGUUCACAACUUGCUUAGAGAUCCAGUUGGAAGAGAACAUUUCUUUCAGGACGUUUUUCCUGUGGAGUAUGGACCCAAGUAUGACUCUGCUCUGCAGAGAUUGAUGUGGGAGUUCCUGUCAAGGUUGCAACAGCUCCUGCCAGUACCAGACCUCAAACAGACGGCGUCUUGGCUAAAAGCUUCCCCCAGUAUCUUGAAUGAGUGUGUGGAGUCUGUAUGCCGCUCCCCAAACUUAGAGACUAUACUACAACAUCAUCAAAAACAAGGCUAUUUGAGUCAUAAAGGAUCUCUGCCCUUAUCAACUGGAAACUGCAUCUUCUCCUGCCUGUCCCUCCCUCCCCUGGUGACCACAACCACAGAACAGACAAAUACAGAGCUUCAAUCAGAAUUCCUGGAUCAUCAUGUCAUAUAUGAGGAUGAUAUAGGAACUGAAUCCAUAGUAGUGACAGAUUGUGCAGAGGUGGAGUUGGGGACCAGUGCGUACACCAGUGAGGGGAAAGAGUUGAGAAUAGAGGGCAGUACAGAGCCACAGAAACAAUUACAUCAUCAAUGUAAACUGCAGGAUGAGCAUCUGGGUAGACAAUUAGAGCUUGUGUGUGAAGAAUCAGAGAAGAUUGAUGGAGCUGGAGUUCAGCUUGUUCCAGAGGAACGGAGCACAGAGGACACUGAGGUGGAAGCUUUCUGUGAAGAGAUGGGUGCUGUUUGUGAGGACGUCAAGUCAGUGGAUGGAGAGUUAAAGAGGAUUUAUGAGGAGGUGGAGAUUGUAGAAAAUGUGAAAACUGAAGAUGAGGAGUCAGUGAUGUCUGUGCAGAAUACUGAAGACACACAAGCCAGCCUUGCAGAGAGCAUACAUAAGGAAGAGAGGGGUUUCCAAAAGGAGGGUUCUGAAAGAAAGGACACAACUAAAGCUGUUUGUAAACCAGGUACUAAGACAAAGAGAGAGGGGGCCAAAAAAGGAAAAUACAUCAAAUCCUCACCCUCAUUGCCUUUGACCCGGAGUAGGAGGCUGCUCAGAAGGAAAGGGAUAUCACAACAACCAGUUGAAAGACAAUGUGUGCUGGAUGAGGCAAAAGUGACCCGGAUUGUGCCUUCAAACCUGCUUCCAGAGGCUUCCAAGAAACGGAAAGAUGUUGACAACAUCAGUGCCUCUCCUGUCAAAACUCCAAUCCAUGGGCUCAAAGAUGAAAUGGCAGAUUCUUCACUGGUAAAUGCCUCAGAAAACCUUCACUGUGCAGAAGACAAGAAACAUCCGGCCUCUGGAGAUGUUGGACCAGGACCGCCACCACCAUCUGAACCAGCACGUCCUAAAGCUUCCAUCAGCCAACCCCAGAACCAUUCACCCUCAAUAGCCCUUCACACACUGGAAAAAUCCAGCAAAAAGAAAACAUGUUCCAAAACCUGUCCGGUGUGUGGGAAAACCUUCACUAGGGCCACAGACAUGAGAAGGCACCAGAGAUCCCAUACUGGGGAGCGGCCGUACAAGUGCACCCAAUGUGGGACGUCCUUCCUGUACUCCUUUGACUUGAAAAGACACCAGAGGAAGGGCACGGGUUCAAGCCCGUUCCAGUGCUGUGUCUGCGGGGAGGGCUUCGAUCAAGAGGAUGAUCUGAAGACGCACCGCACUGUCACUCAUUCCUCAGACACAACUUCAUCGUCUGAUGACAUUGAUAACAGGUUCCCUCUGCGGGCAGAUAUCGAAAACGGGGACGAUAGCUGUAACAACAAGGGUCAACACAAAUGUCUCAAAUGCCAGAUGACUUUCAGUCAGGCGUCCCAGAUGAAGCGCCAUCAGCAGAUUCACUCCAAAGAUGACCCGCUCCGCUGCAGUCAGUGUUGGAAAAAAUGCCCGAACUCUGACGCAUUAUCUCGACACAUGCAGACCCACAACAGAGGCCAGACGUUCCAGUGCUCUAUGUGCAAGAUGAGCUUCACUCAGUUCAUUUGUCUCCGGCAACACUACUUGAUGAGUCAUAAAGAGGAGAGGGGCUUCCUGUGUUCUCACUGUCCAAAAGGCUUCUCGAGGCUAUCAAACCUAAUCAAACACCAAAGGACACACACAGGAGAACGACCAUACCAGUGUUCCCACUGUUCGAAGAGAUUCACGCAGUUACAGAUUUUGACCCGGCACGAGAGGAUCCACACGGGAGAAAGGCCUUUUUUGUGCUCCGACUGUGGGAAAAGCUUCUUGUCUUCUGGGGAAUUGUCCAAACACCUCCAGUGUCAUUCAGAUGCGAGACCAUUCCCUUGCCCGCAGUGUGAUAAAACGUUCAAGGCCAACAGGUUCUUGAAGAAGCAUCUCCAGACUCACACGGGAGAGCGUCCCUUCCCGUGCUCCCACUGUGGCAAGAGAUUCGCCAAGUCAACCGAUCUGACCAGGCACAAUCGCAUGCACACAGGGGAGAGACCACAUUCUUGUUUGCAGUGUGGAAAGAGCUUCUUGACUUAUGCUGAGGUGGUGAAACACCAGCGCUACCACACCGGAGAACGGCCAUUUAAAUGUGCCCAUUGUGGGAAAACGUUCACCCAGUCAUGUUAUUUGACUGUCCAUGUGCGCAUUCACACAGGAGAGCGACCGUACAGGUGUACGGUGUGUGGGAGAAGUUUCAACAGCACAACUCCACUAAGGAGACACAUGCUUACCCACACGGGAGAGAAACCAUUCAAGUGCUCAGAAUGUGGAAAGGCUUAUAAUCGGUUGCAUCUUCUGCGGUCUCAUAAGCAAAGUCAUGCGGGAAAUACAUGUUGAUUUGUAUGUGUUAUGCAUGGGUUUCAUUGUUACAUAUCACUCUUUAGAUGCAAUCAUUGUUUGUGUAAUUAUCUUUCUCAAGAGUUAGACUGCAAUAUUUUAUAAUGAGAUAUAGAUUUGAUGCCUUAAAUGAGGAAAUAUUUGUAUUUAAACUAAAUAUUGAUAUUUUAAUUGUGGUUAAUGCAUACACAUGUUUUGUUGAGCUGAUUUUGUUUCACCAACCCUUUGAAUGAAUAAAAAGG